GCUCCGUGAAGGCGCCAUGCCUCCAUCAGGACCCAGCGUUUUUCUCCAGUGGCUAAUUUGGCUUCCUCGCUAGCUAACACAACAAACCCAACAGACGCAACAGGUCAUAAACGUUAGAUUUAAAAGAAAGACCGCAAACAUGAAGUUAUCCGUCAUUCGCAGUGCUUGUACUAACGUUAGUGUUCGGAUGCCUCACGCCCGACAAGGAAGCAGGGUCAGCGGGUUAACGCGAAGAUGCACCCCGACCGGUGCUGCUCAUAGCCGGCUUGUCGUCCGAGCGGUGAGCGCUUCGGCUAACAGCGGCACCAACGCGAAACUGGUUGACAACUUUGGGAAGCAGUCACAGAAACCCACCUACUUCGACCAGUCUCUGAGGGAUGUGAUUCAGAGCACCAAAGAGGCAAUAGUGGCCCUGCAGAGAACUAACCCAGGGGUCCAGCCUCUCCUUGCCAUUAUACAGGCGGGUGAAGACGACAGCCUAUUGGAGAUCAAUAAAAAAAUAGCAGCAAAGGUUGGCUUAAACGUCACUCAGAUUUGUCUAGCGAAGGAUUGCAGUGAAGAUGAGAUUGUGGAGGAGUUAUUGAAGCUGAACGAGGACCCCAGGGUGCACGGAGUCUACCUCCACCUUCCCCCGGCUAACCUUACCAGUCGAUUACGCAACACUCUCAAGCCGGAGAAGGACAUAGACGGGAUAACAUAUUUGAAUAUGGGUCGUUUGAUACAAGGGGACCUGAGCAAAGGCUUCACGUUGCCUAUAGCCAGGGCUGUUGUGGAUCUGUUGCGGAAACGUGAUGCUGCCAUAGAGGGAAGAACGGUAUUAAUGAUGGGAGCUGAAGGACCCCUUGGGGUGGCCCUGCAGUGCCUGAUGGAAAGAAGUGGAAUAGUCGCUUUUAAAACUCAUCCACAUGUCAAGAAUCUACAGAGACAGGUCAUGGAAGCUGAUGCUCUGGUGCUGGUAGGGGCAGGAGAUAUAGACGUGCCACCCACUUGGAUCAGGCCAGGGACCUCUGUCAUCCGAUUGGAGCCCACCCUUGACACAGAUGCGUCUGGGCUGGCGUAUCUCGCCGCAGCAUACAGAAUACAGAAUGUGGUGCACAGCAGCAGUCGGCGGCUCCAGGAGCAACAGUACCGACAAUGGCGACUGCGUAGCCUCAAACUGCAGCCCUUGAUGCCGGUACCAAGUGACAUAGAGAUCUCCAGAGCCCAGACACCCAAGCCAGUGGAGCAGCUUGCAGAAGAGAUCGGCUUGCUGCCGGAAGAACUUGAAGCAUAUGGAAGGAGCAAAGCAAAAGUCCGCCUCUCCCUCUUAGACCGCCUCCAAGCACAGCCUGAUGGGAAAUAUGUACUCGUGGCUGGUAUAACGCCCACCCCACUUGGCGAAGGUAAGAGCACGGUGACCAUCGGCUUAGUCCAGGCCCUGUCUGCUCACCUGAAGCUCAACUCUUUCGCCUGUCUCCGACAGCCCUCUCAGGGACCUACCUUUGGGGUUAAAGGGGGAGCUGCAGGAGGGGGAUAUGCCCAGGUCAUCCCAAUGGAGGAGUUCAACCUUCAUCUGACCGGUGACAUUCAUGCCAUCACCGCUGCCAACAACCUGGUGGCGGCGGCCAUUGAUGCCAGAAUGCUCCACGAGGCCACCCAAUCAGACAAGGCUCUGUUCAGCAGACUGGUCCCUUCCAUCAAUGGAGUCAGAAGAUUUUCACCCAUCCAGAUUGCCAGGCUGCGUCGUCUUGGCAUCAAUAAAGCCGACCCCGCCUCCAUCACGCCACAGGAAGUCAGCUCUUUUGUCCGUCUUGACCUUGAUCCCUCCAAGAUCACCUGGCAGAGAGUGGUUGAUACAAAUGACCGCUUUUUGAGGAAGAUCACCAUAGGACAGGCCAGCACUGAAAAAGGACAAAUCAGAGAGACCGGGUUCGACAUUGCGGUGGCCAGCGAGAUCAUGGCCAUUUUGGCUCUGGCAGACAGCCUGGAGGACAUGAAAGCAAGACUGGCGCGCAUGGUGGUGGGGACCAGCCGCUCCGGACAGCCCGUCACUGCAGAGGACCUGGGCGUGAGUGGAGCACUGGCCGUGCUAAUGAAGGAUGCCAUCAAGCCCACGCUGAUGCAAACCCUUGAGGGUUCGCCAGUGUUUGUCCACGCCGGGCCCUUCGCCAACAUCGCCCAUGGCAACUCCUCGGUCCUUGCAGACAAGCUGGCUUUGAAGUUGGUUGGACGGGAUGGCUUUGUGGUGACUGAAGCCGGAUUUGGAGCAGACAUCGGGAUGGAGAAGUUUUUCAACAUCAAAUGUCGGGCCUCAGGACUUAGGCCCAGUGUGGUGGUGCUUGUUGCUACUGUGCGAGCUCUCAAGAUGCACGGCGGAGGCCCUAAUGUAUCAGCAGGCGCACCUCUUCCAAAAGAAUACAUUGAUGAGAAUCUCUCUCUUGUUAAAGGUGGUUGCCUCAGCAACCUGCGAAAACAGAUCGAGAUAGCGCAUCUCUUUGGAGUACCGGUUGUUGUUGCUCUCAAUGUCUUCAAGACAGACACCCAGCCAGAGAUCGACCUUGUCUGUCAGCUCGCCAAAGAGUGUGGGGCGUCAGAUGCUGUGCCGUGCCACCACUGGGCUCAAGGCGGGCGAGGUUCUCUGGAACUGGCUCAGGCAGUGAAAGCUGCCGCCAGCAGACCAAGUGACUUCCAGUUCCUCUACAACAUCGAGAUGCCAAUAGUGGAGAAGAUUAGAACUAUAGCCCAAAAGGUGUAUGGCGCCAAGGACAUUGAGCUGUCCCCUGAGGCCAUGGUCAAAAUCAAUUACUACAAUCAACAGGGCUUUGCUUCCUUACCGAUCUGCAUGGCCAAGACUCACCUGUCCUUGUCCCACAUGCCAGAAAAGAAGGGCGCACCCACCGGAUUCAUUUUGCCAAUCAGAGAUGUUCGUGCCAGCAUCGGCGCUGGCUUCAUUUAUCCACUCGUGGGAACGAUGAGCACCAUGCCCGGGCUGCCGACUCGACCCUGUUUCUACGACAUUGACCUCGACCCGGUCACGGAGGAGAUCACAGGCCUCUUUUAAGCAUAAAGAGAUGUUUACAGCCGGCGUUCUCAGGAUGCUCCACUGUGAAGACUCAUCACUGCAUCACUGAUGGGAACUGCUCUCUUAUUAAUGGUUCCCAGCAGCUCACAUUCACAUUUUGCUGUAUUUGCACAUAUAAGUGUAACCUGCCAAAGAUAACCUUGAACCAUGUUGCAUAUAGGUCAUCUUUGACCUCUCCUUUGCAAACCUUUUUUAAUGUUUUCUUUUAAUAUUUGUGUAAGCAAUUACUCAGGUAUUUUUAAGUCGUUCUGCGUUUGUACAUGUUGCAAGCUUGGGCACAGCUAACUAGCUGAUAAACGCACAAGUAAUCAUUAUGUUUAACAGCUACAGCAGCUAAUCUUAAUACAAUUUCUGUUGUUACGUUUUAUUUAACAAGGUCACCAAGCAGCCUCUUGUGGGUAUAGGUCUAAGUGUAGUUACUAUAUGACAGCCUAUACUUGUAAUAUGCUAUAAAAAUGAAAGCAUGUUUUAAAAGAUAUGAAUCAGCAAAACUGGAUGUGACAAUCUUUUUUUUUUUUCAUUGGUCAAUUUGUGACAAAAUUUAACUAAGGCUGGCAGUUUCAAAAACCUCUUUAGUGUUAUUCACUGCAUCAAUUGUGAGCCUUACAAAAUACAUUCCUUUACUCCUA